UCAGAGGUUCCCCGAGUGGGGGCUCAGAUGCCCAGCCUCCUGCGGCUCACACCCGCAAGGCCACGGCACAGCCACCUGCUCCCAGGUCCACUGGGCCCCUUGCCUCUGCUGUGAGCAUGGCCGAGGCUCCUGCUGACCCAAGCAAGAGAGGCCACCUUGAGCAGAAGAUCCUGCAGGUGUUGGGAGAUGCCAGCUCCCCUCUGAAGUCCUACCAGCUGGUGAAGGAAUGCCAAGUGCCCAAGAAGGAGCUCAACUCAGUCCUCUACCGAAUGGCCAAGGAGGGGACAGUCUCCCAAGUUGCCCCUGCAACAUGGCGCUUGGGCACAGGUGAUCCCGGAGGUGUGGAUCCCACCCAGCCUGCCCAGGACAGCCAUGCCCAGAAGCCCCAGGAAGAAGCACCUGCCGCGGCAGAGAGUCCUGGCCUUCAGCUCAGCGAGCUGGAGGAAAGGAUCCUCGGGUUUCUGAAAGCCAGCGGGCCCUGCAAGGCCCUGCGCAUCGCCCAGGCCCUGGGAAUGAAGACAGCGAAGGACGUGAACCCAACCUUGUACAAGAUGAAAAGCAAGCGCCUUCUGGACCAGGACCAGAAGCUGCAAGUGUGGCGCAUCUCUGCACCAGAAGAUUCUGAAGAAAGAAAUCCAUCUGCUGUAGCAGUGCACCAGCAGACUCCAGUCUACAUGAUCUGCCAGAGUGGACCCAACUGCCACAUCACCAUCACAAACUCCGAAGGCAUCCAGAUCGGACACGGGAACGUCUUAAUGAAGCAGAAAGUCUUUGAGGGCAGCAGUCCCACAGCUCCCAACCAGCUGCCCCCAGCUGCCCCAGGUGAUUCCUCGGCUCAGGGACCCCUGGCAGGUGGCUGGGGGUCCCAGGAAAUCCACAUGGAGCGGUCCCUGCUCAGACGGGUGCAGGUGGGACACAGCAACGAGAUGAGCUUGCACAGCGACCUGCCGGAAGGCCCUGCCCAYGGGCUGUCAACCAGCCCCCCAGUCUCAGCCACGGCCGGUGACUCGGAAACUUCAUUUGAAACGCGAACGCCCCAGCCAGACCCUCACCCCAAGGCGGACACAGUCCAGAGAGUCCACAUCAAGUCCUGCUUCCUCGAAUACACCAGCAUCGGCAACAGCAACAGGAUGACCGUCCUCCCGGCAGGCCCAGGGGCCACCAGCCCAGGCUCAGCCGCGGGGCCUGGAGAUGGCCAGCAGGACCCCGGGGAGCUGAAGGAGGGCGCAGAUCCCACUUCUGAAGCCGAGCCGUCCACAAGCGAGGUCCCCGAAGAUGGGGGCCAGGAAGCCCGGGGCAAUCCUGCGCAGCUCACCCCCAAGCUGAGGGAGAUGACUCUUGGAAACGGCAGUCUCCCGCCUGCAGAGCACAGUGUCCCUGUGGGUGGACGCAGGGAGCUGGAGGGGGGCGAGUAGCAGGGACCUGGGGCUGCACUUGGGAGGCGGCAGGUGCCGGGGAACCUGGGCAGGGUGCCUUGUCUCAUGGACUCUGGACCUGCCCGCUGCCCACAUCUGGCCAGCAGGAGCCRGCUUUCAGGGUGGGGAAGGGCUCAGGCUGAAGACUGACCAGAGGCAGCCUUGGUGCCGCGAGGAGGGCUGGCUGGGUGGGGCUCUCUGUUCUCUCUGGGGCCGGGGCAGGUCCUGCCUCCUGGCCUUCCGCCUUGGCUGCCUGCGCGGGACGUCACAAACUCACGUCUAAGUCCCCCAGAGCCGCAGCAGUGGGGGGGCCUGGAAACAACAGACCCCCGUCAGAAUGGGUGCCCUUACAGGAGGCUGAGGGAGCUGGUUUCUCCCCUUGGCACACAGCUUCCCUCCCUGGGAGGAACAGCAACAA